AUGUCCAACGCCACCCAGCUCUCGGCAGAAGAGAGCGGCUGGCGCUUUGCCCAGUGCUUCGGCGACAAGGGCGAGGUCGAGGACAUCACCGAAGCCGACAUCAUCUCCUGCGUCGAGUUCGACCACACGGGCGACUACCUCGCGACGGGCGACAAGGGCGGCCGCGUCGUCCUGUUUGAGCGCAACGAGAACAAGAAGGGCUGCGAGUACAAGUUCUACACCGAGUUCCAGUCGCACGAGCCCGAGUUCGACUACCUCAAGUCGCUCGAGAUCGAGGAGAAGAUCAACAAGAUCCGGUGGUGCAAGCGCCAGAACGCCGCCCACUUCCUCCUGUCGACCAACGACAAGACGAUCAAGCUGUGGAAGGUGUUUGAGAAGUCGCUCAAGGUCGUCGCCGAGAACAACAGCUCGGCGGCCGCAGGGGGCAACGCGCCGUCGUCCCCUCCACCGGGCGGCGCCGGUCCCGUCCCGGGCCUCUCGUCGUCGCUCGGCGGCUCGUCGGGCGGCGGCGACAAGAACGGCGACGGCCUCGACCCGAACGGCGCGCCGUACCUGCGCCUGCCGCGCAUGACGUACCACGACACGAUCGUCGCCGCCGUCCCGCGCAAGGUGUACGCCAACGCGCACGCGUACCACAUCAACUCGAUCUCGAUCAACUCGGACGGCGAGACGUACAUGAGCGCCGACGACCUGCGCGUCAACCUCUGGAACCUCAACAUCUCGGACCAGUCGUUCAACAUCCUCGACAUCAAGCCGGUCAACAUGGAGGAGCUGACCGAGGUCAUCACGGCGGCCGAGUUCCACCCGCUCCAGUGCAACCUGUUCUCGUACUCGUCGUCCAAGGGCACCGUCAAGCUCGCCGACAUGCGCGAGCAGGCCCUGUGCGACAAGCACGCCAAGCUCUUUGAGGAGGAGGAGGACCCGUCGUCCAAGUCUUUCUUCAGCGAGAUCAUCUCGAGCGUGUCGGACGUCAAGUUCUCCAAGGACGGGCGGUACCUCCUCUCGCGCGACUACCUCACGCUGCGCAUCUGGGACAUCAACAUGGAGAACAAGCCGGUCCAGACCAUCAACGUGCACGACCACCUCCGGAGCAAGCUGUGCGACCUGUACGAGAACGACUGCAUCUUCGACAAGUUCGAGUGCACCUUCUCGGGCGACGGCAAGUGCCUCCUCUCGGGCUCGUACAACAACUACUUCCACAUUUACGACACGGCGGGCACGCAGGACAUUGUCCUCCAGGCCGACAAGUCGGCCUUCAAGGCCAAGAAGCUCGGCGGCAAGGGCAACAACGCCAAGGGUGGCGCUGGCGGCGCCGGCGGCGGCGCGGGCAAGAACGGCGCCGGCGGGGCCGGUGGCGCGGCGGGCGGCGCCGGCGGCAGCAAGAAGCCGCUCGUCGACACGGACAACAUCGACUUUAACAAGAAGAUCCUGCACGCGAGCUGGCACCCGCGCGAGAACACGAUUGCCAUCGCAGCAACCAACAACCUGUACAUCUGGGGCCACGGCUCGAGGAGCGGUGACGCAAGCACGCCGACACAGCGCACCGACCCGUCCUGAGCAGGCCUCGGCUCGCUCGGUCCCCCUCCUCCUCCCUCCUGCCCUCGUCUCCUCGUCUGGUAAUCGUCGCGUCGUUCUUUCCGGCCUCUCGUUCUCUCUUUCUCCUUGUCCAGUAUCCCCCCCUUCUUCGUAGUUCUCUCCUCUCUCUCACUCCCUCACCCUCGUCGUCGCAUUUUGCCCUCCUCUCCCUCUCUCUCUCUCCUCGCCCUCUCGAAGCUCAAGAAGACUCUGUCGAAUCCCAAGCGCCCACGGAUCACAUCCUCUCGAUUUCU